AUGGAUGAUAGGCGUCGUGAGGACUUUGAGAAAGCUUUAAGCGUGCUCGAAAACCGGCACCCAGGGGAGCAGCGGCCGCCACGGUGCGAGCCCAGAGUGCAGCCGGUAAAUGGAAUUGUGCAGCCCCCGGUGAUGCCGCCACCCAAUCGUAAGGGAAGGGUAACCAAUUUCUUGUUAAAACUGAGAACCGCUGUGAAUGCGUUGUCGCGCAACCCUUCCUCGCUGCACUUUCGCCAUCCUGUCGAUACCGUGAAGCUGAAGAUCAGGGACUACCACGAAAAAAUCGCAAACCCCAUGGACUUGAACACAAUCAAGAAAAGAUUUGAGUACACAUACUACUGGGGCGGUGCAGACGUCCUGGAAGACAUUCUAUUGAUUUUCGAAAACUGCAGAGUCUACAACAGUCCGGACUCGCCCGUGUUUAAAGCUGCUGUCAACCUGUGCGAGUGCUUUUGGCUGCGCAUGGCGAAAAUGCAGCAGGAAUUGCACAAUGAGUGUAGGGCUGAGGCCAAGACCAGGCGUCCGCGGAAGGCAGCCAUUUCAAAAACCUCUCCAUUGCCGAAGACCCCGCGCCAGGAAAAGGCUGUCAUUCCAAUGAAUACCAAGGUGGAAAUCAAGAAUGGAAAUCAGCCAAAGGCAGACGAUCCACUGCCUUCAUUUGAGGCCGUUCCCAAUCUACNGAUGACAGAUGAAGAAAAAAAGUAA